CCCUUCGUCAUCGACCGGAGGGUCUCCAUCGGACAAUUUCAAGCCUGGAGAUUCAUCGCGUUUUCGGAACGGUCCGAAAAUGCGGUGAAACACAGGCUCACGGCUAGGGCAAGCAGGAAGAAGCGAUGAGCGCACUGUGGCGCUGCUUCUGUCACCCAAACAUCACGGGCAACGGGACCAGAGGCCAUGACAGUAGCAGAGAAGCCGCUAUGGGUGCUGGGAUACGGGUCGCUGAUCUUCAAGCCACCUCCACACGCGAAGUACGUGGUGCCCGGCGUGAUCCACGGGUACGCUCGUCGCUUCUGGCAGUCCUCGUCGGACCAUCGAGGCACACCGGAGAAGAAGGGCAGGGUCGCCACGCUGAUUGCGUACGAGGACAUUGUCUCCCACGAGCAGAUCAAGCAGGACAUUCUGAGCUACGAUACGAGUCUAACAGAAGGCUUUGACAGACGCGAGCUGAGGGUGUGGGGGUGUGCGUAUUACAUCCCUGCGGAGCACGCCAGCGAGGUGAGCGAGUAUCUCGAUGUUAGGGAGCAGGAUGGCUACUCGGUGCACGAGAUCCCCUUCCUGCUGCACCACGACGAGGGUGGGCUCGACGACGAGCUGAUACGUGCCAUUGAGCAGCUCCCUGUGGACGCCCAGACGGGCAAGCGUAUCCUCACCAGCAGCGUCUACAUCGGCACGCUGGACAACGCCAGCUUCGUAGGGCCUGAGCUGCUACGCGACACCGCAGCGGUGAUCAGUGACACCAGUGGGCCCAGCGGAGACAACUGGGAGUACCUGGACAUGCUGCACCGUUCGCUGGCGGAGCUGGACAAGCACGGCAAGGACGAGUACCUGGAGCAGCUCGUGGAGGAGGUGCUGAGGCUGAAGGAGCGCAAGUUUGACAGACCGUGAUGUUGCUUCCUGAUUGGGCAUUUGUAUCCCGGGGAAUCGAAAUUCCGACAAUCUUUGCUUGGGCGCGAGGGGUGCUGAUAGCAAUUCCGACGCUUCUGGGAGAUGGUGGUGUAGGCGAGGCAGUGGGGAAUUUGUAUAUAAAAGGCGUCGAACAGGGUCCAGUUGCUGUGGCUUGUAUGCAGUAGUGUAGGCGUUGCAGUAGUGGGAUAGUCAUUGCUGGCAGAAGGUUGCUAUUUAGACAGAGCCACACAGAGAGAGCU